AGCCAAGCCUCCAGAAAAGGGGGCCAUAAAUUUGAUCUUUACACCUCUAUACCCCUACCAGAAUCCAAAUUUGCGUGUUCUACGCCUGGCCAGGAGUUUGGCAGAGUAGUAGGGGUAUAGAGGCUGCUAUCAGCGCGCGAUACUGAUCCGCGGACGCGGUUGUGUUUGUGUGCGUGCGCAAGUCGAUGAAUCGCGAAAAGCCCCCCCCCCAAUCGCGAAGGAGCUCCACGGUUGCUCAGUACACUUGUUGCGAGCGCUACGAUCGAACGAAAGUGAGUUGGGAGCGCGUAUCUCCGCGUUGAACUAUUAUCGACCUUGCUGCGUCACUGACAGAGCAAAGUGGCAACUACCCCCGGUUUGGUGGCGGCCACUUAUCAAUCCGAUCGCUUGUUUUUUCAUUCGUUCGUGCUGCCCCAACAGCACGCAGUUCAGUCGCGCUCGCGUUCAGUGUGUGAGUGUGUUGUUUUUCGGUGCAAAUCGCCGUCGCCUGUAGUUUUGCCCCGUCGGUAAUAGCGGACGAACGAACAUGUCAGCGAUACGCAGCUUAACCUCGGCGGCAAAGCUUCUGUCCGGACGGACGCCAGGCGCACGGUUCUGGGGUGGCUCCAUGACCGUGCCGGCUCGAUCGAUGCAACACUACCCGAUCGAUGAACAUCUGUUCGGAUUGACGGAAGAUCAGCAACAGCUACGCCAAACGGUGUUUAACUUUGCACAAAAAGAGCUGGCCCCCUUUGCGCAGGAGAUCGACAAGCAGAAUGAGUUCAAGGAAAUGCGCAGCUUUUGGCGCAAGCUGGGCGAACUCGGAGUGCUCGGCGUUACGGUGAAGCCCGAUUACGGUGGGCUCGGUGGUUCGUACCUCGAUCAUUGCAUCGUAAAUGAAGAACUUUCCCGUGCGUCCGGUGCGAUAGCACUGUCGUACGGUGCGCACUCGAAUCUGUGCGUCAACCAGAUCCAUCGCAAUGGUACGGAGGAGCAGAAGGCACGCUACCUGCCCAAACUGUGCAGCGGUGAGCACGUCGGUGCGCUGGCCAUGUCCGAGGCCGGUUCAGGCAGUGAUGUCGUGUCGAUGAAGCUGCGCGCCGAUAAGCAGGGUGACUAUUACGUGCUGAACGGUACCAAGUUCUGGAUCACCAACGGCCCGAUCGCCGACACGUACAUCAUCUACGCAAAAACGGACCUGAGCGCUAAACCACAGCACGGUAUUACGGCGUUCAUUGUGGAGCGUGGUACGGCCGGAUUUUCGCAAGGUCCGAAGCUCGACAAGCUGGGCAUUCGUGGCAGCCCGACCGGGGAGCUGAUCUUUGAGGAUGCGAAAGUACCGGCCGCUAACAUACUCGGUGGCCUGAACAAGGGCGUGUACGUGCUGAUGUCCGGGCUGGAUUUGGAGCGGCUGGUGCUGGCCGCCGGGCCCGUCGGGCUUAUGCAGGCCGCGUGCGACGUUGCGUUCGCGUAUGCCCAUGCGCGCAAACAGUUUAACACACGCAUCGGCGAGUUUCAGCUGCUGCAGGGCAAGAUGGCCGACAUGUACACGACGAUGAAUGCGUGCCGCGCCUAUCUGUACUCGGUUGCGCGGGCCUGUGACCGUGGCCAGGCCAACCCGAAGGAUUGUGCCGGUGUCAUUCUGUACUGUGCGGAAAAGGCGACGCAGGUGGCACUGGAUGCGAUUCAAAUUUUGGGCGGCAACGGCUACAUCAACGACUACCCGACCGGGCGCAUCAUGCGCGACUGCAAGCUGUACGAAAUUGGCGCCGGUACGUCGGAGAUAAGGCGUAUGCUGAUCGGGCGCGCACUCAACAAGGAGUACGAGUGAUGAUAGAAGAGGGAGCGCGGAUCUGAACGACCAAGUGUACCAAGUGCACAACGCUAAAACCUAACGCUUCCUGCCAGAUUUUGGGCCAAAAAAAGAAAAGAUAAUUCCAAGCAAAACUGCUAAAAACGUGCAUUUACUAGGAUUAAUAGUGUAACCCGUUCGGGAACGUUUUCUAAAAACGUUGUUUGCAAAUAAAACAAAAGAAAAACCCCCGUUCCAUUUAUAAACUAAGAA